UUUAAAGGCUGCCUCGGGACUGUCCAUAAUUUUCAAGGGUGCCUCGGGACUGUCCAUAAUUUUCAAGGGUGCCUCGGGACUGUCCAUAAUUUUCAAGGGUGCCUCGGGACUGUCCAUAAUUUUCAAAGGUGCCUCAAGACUGUCCAUAAUUUUCAAGGGUGCCUCAAGACUGUCCAUAAUUUUAAAGGGUGCCUCGGGACUGUCCAUAAUUUUAAAGGGUGCCUUGGGACUGUCCAUAAUUUUCAAGGGAGCCUCGGGACUGUCCAUAAUUUUCAAGGGUGCCUCGGGACUGAACAUAAUUUUAAAGAGUGCCUUGGGACUGUCCAUAAUUUUAAAGGGUGCCUCAAGACUGUCCAUAAUUUUCAAGGGUGCCUCAAGACUGUCCAUAAUUUUAAAGGGUGCCUCGGGACUGUCCAUAAUUUUAAAGGGUGCCUUGGGACUGUCCAUAAUUUUCAAGGGAGCCUCGGGACUGUCCAUAAUUUUCAAGGGUGCCUCGGGACUGAACAUAAUUUUAAAGAGUGCCUUGGGACUGUCCAUAAU